AUGUAUAAUUAAUUAAUUGAGCAAAAUGCUAUUGAAUAACUUCUGAAUAUUUGUUAUGAUGAGUAACCAUAAUAUGAUGAUGACUAUGAAUGUGAAAUCAAUAAAAUAUUAUAAAGAACAAUAACAGAAAGAUUAAAAAAAUAGAAAACAGAAAUAUCAACUAGAUUAAAUACUAUCAGUUUUCGUACAACUUCCAAAACACCUACUUAAUUUAGAUUCAAAACUGAAACAAGAUCUUUAACUAAACCAAUAAGAAUUCCAGCUAGAAUCAGAAAUAUUUAACCAAUAUCAUAGAAACCAUAAGGAAAACCUACUUCUAAAUCUUUACGUGAUUUUCAUCAGAAAAAUUAAGUGCCUUUAAAAGCAUCAAUUGUUUCUUUAUAAAAUUCUUCUGGAUUUAGCAUACUCAAUCAAUCCGAAUAUUAACAUCCUGUAUUAGUAAUUUAAAAGAAAUCUCAGUAUAUACCAAGAUUUAUGUUGAAAUUAUAAAAACAAUAACAACUUCUAAACUCAAAAUGA